UCUUCUCAUCAUUCAAAUUUUCUUAUUUUAUCAAUUUAUUAUUUUUCACACUCUUUUUAAUUAUUAUACUAUUUAUUAUUAUAUUAUUAUUACUACUACUCUGGCUUUUUCUGAAGAAGCUGUGUGUCACUGAGAUCUGAUAACAGCGGUUUGUUUCUCAAGGUUUUCAGUUUCUAAAAAGUUACUGUUUUUACAUGCAUGUUCAUAUUUUUACGGUUUAUUGCUUUCUGGGUUGCUCAAAUUUUCAGAACAAGCUUUAGAUGAUCAUGAUUAUCAGCAUCAUGAGCCAAGAUACACGGAUUGUUAACAAGGCUGGUCAAUGAAGAACUCAUAAUGAGUGGGGUAGGGUGGAAUCACAGUCCAUGGGCACCCCUGACAAGAAGAUAUCUGAUCUUGUUGAUGUAGUUAGGUCCUGGAUCCCUCGAAGGAUUGAGCCACCGAAUGUGUCGAGGGAUUUUUGGAUGCCAGAUCAAAGUUGUAGGGUAUGCUACGAUUGUGAUUCACAGUUCACAGUAUUCAACCGCAGGCAUCAUUGUCGAAUCUGUGGUCGAGUUUUUUGUGCAAAAUGCACUGCCAAUUUUAUUCCUGCGUUUCCACAUGAGGCAAAUAACGGUCGUGAAAAUUCGGAAAGGAUUAGGGUCUGUAACUAUUGCUUUAAGCCAUGGGAGAAGGGAGUAGCAGCUGUUGAUAAUGCCACUCCCUCAGCCACCCCUUUGCUCAGCCCUUCACCAUCUUCGACAAGCUUGGUCAGCUCUAAGUCCAGUCACAGUAGCAGCAGCACUGCCGGUUCAGUUCCAUACUCAACUGGGUCUUAUCAGUGCGUGCCUUGUAGUCCACAUCAAUCUUCCCAAAUGAAUCCGAUAACAGACGAGCAAGAAAAUUUAAAUUCAGGGAUGAGUACUAAUCCCUCCGAGGCUGUAGAGAAUUUGAAUUCUAACCAAAAUGGCUAUUGCUUCAACAGGAGUGAUGAUGAGGAUGAUGAUUAUGGUGAUUCUGACACAGAAUCAAGGCAUUAUUCUCGCGUCAAUGACUAUGAUGAUCUAGUUAACAUUCAAGGGAUUGACCGUGUAUAUGGACCACAUAUAAUGCAUUCUGAUGGAGCUAACUGUCAAGAAAGAAGCUCAAGUUGCCUAUCGCCACCGCUGAAUCUCGAGUUAGACGGUGCAGAUGGAAUUCAAACACCAGGAAAAGAAGCUGAUGAGCAUGAUCCUACAGAUGGAUGUGAAACAUCUCCCUAUCAGGAGGAGGUUAAUAAUAUGGAGCCCGUAGAUUUUGAGAAUAAUGGGCUGCUGUGGCUACCUCCUGAGCCGGAGGAUGAAGAGGAUGAUAGAGAAGCUGUUCUUUUUUAUGAUGAUGAUGAAGAUGAAGGUAGUACUGGUGAAUGGGCAUAUCAACGAUCCUCGACUAGCUUUGGUUCUGGAGAAUUUCGCAGCAGAGAUAAGUCAGGUGAGAAUAACAAGAAGGCCAUGAAGAAUGUUGUGGAAGGACACUUUAGAGCUCUAGUAGAUCAGCUUUUGCAGGUGGAAAGCCUAACUGUUGAUGACGAUGGCAAAGAUAGUUGGUUGGAUAUAAUUACCUCUUUGUCUUGGGAAGCUGCAACCCUUCUGAAGCCUGAUAUGAGCAGGGGUGGAGGUAUGGAUCCUGGUGGAUAUGUAAAGGUUAAAUGCAUAGCUUGUGGGCAUCGAAAUGAAAGCAUGGUGGUUAAAGGCAUAGUUUGUAAGAAGAAUGUGGCUCAUCGGCGAAUGACAUCAAAAAUUGACAAACCACAUUUUCUAAUACUUGGAGGUGCUUUGGAGUAUCAUCGUGUUUCUAACCAGUUAUCAAGUGUUGAUACAUUGUUACAGCAGGAGAUGGACCAUUUGAAGAUGGCAGUUACGAGGAUUGCUAUUCAUAAACCCAAUGUUCUUUUGGUAGAGAAGUCAGUUUCUCGUUAUGCCCAAGAAUACCUUCUCGCUAAAGACAUAUCUCUUGUUCUCAAUAUUAAAAGGCCACUUUUAGAACGUAUUGCCCGUUGUACCGGGGCACAGAUUGUCCCUUCAAUUGAUCAUUUGACCUCUCCCAAACUGGGUUACUGUGAAACGUUUCACGUCGACAAAUUUUUUGAGGAGCAUGGCAGUGCUGGACAAGGUGGGAAAAAAUCAACAAAGACUUUAAUGUUCUUUGAGGAUUGCCCCAAACCGCUGGGUUGCACCAUCUUGCUCAAAGGCUCUAAUGGGGAUGAGUUGAAGAAGGUGAAACAUGUAGUCCAAUAUGGAGUCUUUGCAGCUUAUCAUUUGGCGCUGGAAACAUCUUUUCUGGCAGAUGAAGGUGCUUCCCCCCUAGAGCUUCCCUUGAAAUCUCCCAUAACCGUUGCACUACCUGAUAAACCAUCUAGUAUCGUAAAAUCCAUUUCAACUAUCCCUGGAUUUUCUGUUGUCACCGGUAGAGGGCAUCAGGGAGCUGAAACUAAUAAAGAAGUACCAAAAUGUAAUGAUGGCUUCAAGACACAUAGAACCUCAUCUAGCUGCAGUGAAUCCAUGGAAAGAUCACUGGCGGGUGAAUCAAUCCACAUGCACGAGAUCUCUGGAGAUGUCACCCAACUAGCUCAGGAUAUGUCAUCUUCCCACUGCAAUAGUUUCCUCACAAAUACUGCUUUUGAGAAGGAUGGCAAAGAAUGUUCGAAGGAAUCUUUACAUUAUAGACAAGAUGAGGGAACAAAGACCAUGAUACGCGCUGAUCUUAUUUCAGAUUUCUUUGGCACCUUUGAGCCUUCUGGGAGAGAUGGCAAUAACCACAUCAAAGCUGUAGCAUUGGCUUCAAAUCAAGGAGCUGGUCCUGAGUCACCUAUUGUAAGACAUGACAAUGACAAUAAUAAUAAUUUUGAUAAUGACAUGAUACAUUCAAAAGAAGAUUUUCCUCCCUCAACUUCCGACCAUCAGAGUAUUUUGGUCUUCUUAUCAACACGUUGUGUAUGGAAAGGAACUGUUUGUGAAAGAUCCCAUCUUGUGAGAAUUAAAUACUAUGGAAGCUCUGAUAAGCCUCUGGGUCGAUUUUUGAGAGAUCAACUAUUUGAUCAGAGUUACACUUGCCGCUCAUGUGAAAUGCCACCGGAAGCUCAUGUUCAUUGUUAUACUCAUCGGCAAGGGAGCCUGACAAUUUGUGUGAAGAAACUCUCAGAGUUUCCUUUACCAGGGGAAAGGGAAGGUAAAAUCUGGAUGUGGCACAGGUGCCUCAAAUGUCCUCGUGUAAAUGGUUUUCCUCCUGCCACACGGAGAGUAGUUAUGUCUGAUGCUGCUUGGGGCCUAUCUUUUGGUAAAUUUUUGGAGCUGAGUUUCUCAAAUCAUGCAGCAGCAAGCAGGGUUGCAAAUUGUGGCCAUUCUCUCCACAGAGACUGUUUAAGAUUCUAUGGAUUUGGGAAGAUGGUGGCCUGCUUUCGCUAUGCUUCAAUUGACCUUCAUUCUGUUUAUCUUCCCCCAUCUAAACUGGAAUUCAACUAUGAUAGUCAGGACUGGCUACAGAAAGAAGCAGACGAGGUCGAUAAGCUAAUCUUAGUUGAGAUAUUAGAUAUAGCACUCACUUCUGAGUCUUUCUGUAUUCAUGCGAUUGUUGAUCUUGUCCAGCAGGUACGUAGCAAGGCUGAAAUACUGUUUAGUGAAGUCUGCAACGCUCUAAAUCAAAUUUCAAGAAGGGGAAAUGCAGUGACAGAUUUUAAGCAUCUGAUUGCUGAACUUGAAGGAAUGCUGCAGAAAGAGAAAGAAGAAUCUGAGGAAUUGUUACAAAAGUUUCUGCAUAAAGAGGCCAAAGCUGGCGGGGUCAUGGUUGAUGUUCUAGAGCUCUGUAAAUUGCACCGGCAUAUCCUUAUUCUUUCUUAUGUAUGGGACCAGCGCCUGAUAUAUGCAUCCAAUCAAAGUAAAAAUACUCUUUCAGAAGAUUCAAGGCACUCCUAUCUGAAAGAGAAAUCGAUUGGUUCUAAGGAAAAGGUUGUCGAGACAGAUGUGGUCACUAGGCCUACAAGAGGCCGUAGCAGUUCUGAUUUCUUUCGUUUGGAAACAAAACCUGAUGGAAAUCUUGAUUUAGAAACCACUAGCCACCUUAGCCAGUCUGGUGAAGUGAUCAAAGGUCAAGACAAGGGCAAAGACACAGGUCAUGGUAAGUUCGAGCCUUCUCUCUCUCCUGGCGCAAAUAUCAAUGAUAAACCUAACUGUUCAGAGUUUGGAGGAGCUGCACGGAGGAGGACUUCAUCUGAGGGCGGAUCUCGUAAUUUGGCCAAUUUAUCUGAUACCCUGGAUGCAGCAUGGACAGGUGAAACUCACCCGACAAAUAUACUAUACAAAGAAAAUGGUUGUAGAGAUCCUGAUGUGGAAGCUGUGGCAGUUCAUUCACCUACGGCAAUAGUUAUUGCAAAAUCAAAUCCUGAUAAUUAUACUGCUGAUAUAGGUGGGAUUGAAACAGGAGACAUUCAUGACUCUAAAUUGCAUUCCAAAGGACUUGAUACUAGAUGGACUGGGAUGCCUUUUGCUAACUCAUGUUCAGUGAACAAAACUUCUGCCUUCAAUACACAGAAGCUUGUUGAUUACAACUUUGUCCACAUGUUAUCAUUUCGAGAGUUGGACCGCCAGACUGGUGCUAGACUGCUUCUUCCUGCUGGCAUUAAUGAUACCAUAGUGCCUGUCUAUGAUGAUGAACCCACUAGUGUUAUAGCACAUGUGCUUGUAUCAAAAGAUUAUUAUAUCCAGAUGACAGAAUCUGAUAGACCUAAAGACAGUUUAGAAAGUUCAGUUUCAUUGCCACUAUUUGAUUCGACAAGCCUACUUUCUUUCAACUCUUUGGACGAGACUAUUACUAACAGCUACAGAAGUUUUGGAUCGUCUGAAGAGAGCAUGACAUUAUCCACUUCUGGGUCUCGGAUGGUUGGGGAUUCACUCCUGUAUUUAAAGGAUUUUCAUGCAAGGGUUUCUUUUAAUGAUGACAGUUCCCUCGGAAAAGUGAAGUAUACUGUAACUUGCUACUAUGCAAAGAGAUUUGAGGCUCUAAGAAGAACAUGCUGCCCUACUGAGCUAGAUUUUGUGCGGUCCCUUAGUCGUUGUAAGAAGUGGGGGGCCCAGGGAGGAAAGAGCAAUGUUUUCUUUGCAAAAACCUUGGAUGAUAGAUUUGUUGUCAAGCAGGUUACAAAGACAGAGCUUGAAUCAUUUAUCAAGUUUGCACCGGCUUAUUUUAAAUAUUUAUCCGAGUCAAUCAGUACAGGAAGCCCAACUUGUCUAGCAAAGAUAUUGGGCAUUUAUCAGGUAACAUCAAAGCACCUCAAAGGAGGGAAGGAAACAAAAAUGGAUGUUUUGGUUAUGGAAAAUCUUCUCUAUCGGCGUAACAUUAGAAGGCUUUAUGACCUUAAAGGUUCUUCCCGAUCAAGGUACAAUCCAGAUACAAGUGGGAGCAAUAAAGUUCUGCUUGAUCAGAAUCUCAUUGAAGCUAUGCCAACCUCUCCAAUAUUUGUUGGGAACAAGGCAAAGCGGCUUCUUGAGAGGGCUGUGUGGAAUGAUACUGCAUUCCUUGCUUCAAUAUAUGUGAUGGACUACUCAUUGCUGGUUGGUGUGGACGAGGAAAAGCAUGAGCUAGUUUUAGGUAUCAUUGAUUUUAUGAGGCAAUAUACAUGGGACAAACACCUCGAAACUUGGGUGAAGACCUCAGGCAUACUUGGUGGACCCAAGAAUACUUCUCCAACUGUUAUAUCACCACAACAGUACAAGAAACGGUUCAGGAAAGCUAUGAGCUUAUAUUUUCUUAUGGUGCCAGAUCAAUGGUCUCCUCCUAGCUUACAAACCAGUGAGUCUCAAUCUGAUCUUUGUGAUGAAAAUUCAUGAGGUGGGGCCCAUUUGAUCGAUAUGUUCAAAGUUUAUAUCUUGUAAAUGUUAAGAUAAAUAUUACAGCUUUCCAUUCAUGUCUGUUGUAUUAUGUAUGCUGCAUUGUAUUAUGUGAUAAAUGCAGGUGUAAAUUUGUGUUCCUUAGCAAAACAUAGUAUAGGUGGCAGGUGCACCUCCAAUUACAGGGGAAUGUUCAAAGGGUAUGAUGGAUCAUGUCUGUCAAGGCUAACUGUAUAGUGAAUUGUUUUUUCCCCUCAAAUUUUAUUUUAUAGUGUAUUUCAUCUUUUGCUUUCCCUCAAA